AUGAUUUUCGAUGUCCUGUAUUUGAAUCUGUGGGACUGGGCAAUGGACCUAUUAGUCAAUCCCUUGUUGGCUCUGCACUUUGUCUGGGACGCUCAGUGGCUUUAUAAGCACAAUGGGACUCGCUUUGAGCGCUUCUUCCACGAGCCAUGGACAGGAGACCACUGGUGGGAUCUUCAAUCAUCAUUGCCUGAGAAUGGAGUGCCAUUCGCGUUCAUAUUAUAUGCUGACAAAACUCAUCUUUCAUCGGCUGGUACUGUCAAAGCAUACCCGGUAAUUGCCCGCUGUGGGAAUCUACCAGUCAACAUCAGGAAUGUCGAUGGUCCUGGAGGAGGGUGCCUGGUAGGUUGGUUACCAAUUGUUCCUGAGGAUUCAGAUGAGGACAGCAAACUUUCCUACACAAAUUUGAAGUGUGUCGUAUGGCACGAAUCAUUUUCAAUCCUGCUCGUAGCUAUCAUGCUCUUAUCUGCAACUGGCUUUGCACACGAGUGCUAUGAUGGAAUUCAAUGCUGGCUAUUCCCGUUAAUUCUGAUCCUAUUGGCUGAUUAUGAUGAGCAGUGUGUGAUGGCGCUAAUACGGGGCCUCAAUUCGGCCUGUCCUUGUCCCAUUUGCCUGGUCCCAAGAGAAGAGCUCACCGAUCACUCAACGACCUAUCCUAAGCGCACUGUUAAAGACGCACAAGAUUGUGUCGAGUUAUGGUCCAGAGACCAUAUUGCAGGCGAGGUGGAACUGAAGAAAUGGAGCUUGAGGCCUAUCAAGAAUGUAUUUUGGAAAGUCAAGCUGUCCAACCUGCAUGAUGCGCUCUUGCAGGAUCCGCUACAUGUUUAUCAUAAGGGGAAAUUCGGCGAUCACUUGUUUGACGAGUUCAAGAAACACCUCAAGGCGCUGGGAUGUGCUGCUGAGAAGAAGGUUGAUGAAAAGUUUGAUGCAUUUCCACAAUGGCAAAACUUGAACCAUUUUGAUCAUGUUACUAACAUCUAUUUUACCAAUGGCAACAAGUUCCAGGAUAUAUCUAGGCAAAUUGUGCAUGCGGCACAGAACGUACUCACACAUGCGGAAGAUGAAGCUGGCUAUGCACUCUUAAAGUGCAUAGUGAGCUAUCUUCACAUUGAUAUGUACAUAUCACUCGAUGUUCAUACUGAAAGUACUCUUGCAGCUGGGGAGGCGGAGAUACUCGUGUUUCAGAAACUGUUAGAUGAAUAUAUUGAGGUCCUUGGCGAUGACACAAUCAAGAAUUGGAAUUUCCCAAAGGCUCACACCUCGAAGCAUGUAUUUACUGACAUCAGGGAGAAAGGCGCAGCUCGAAACUUCAGCACCAGACCAAAUGAGAAGCAACAUGGACCGAUCAAAUGUGCAUACAAAUUGCAAACAAAUGGGAAGGAUGUUGCUAACCAGAUACUUAGAUUAGAUCAUAUGACCCUCGUCUCCAGGCUCCUCUGCAGCUGCAUUGAAUACCUUGAUGAAGAACAAUGUAAAGUCAUGCUGUCAGAGAGAGAGCUCGAGGAGGAAGACCUAGAUGACCAACCUUUUGGUGGGCACAUUCAUCUUGGUGUCCCACAACACUCAGUCAGCCUUUUGCAGCUCGAAGAAGAAGAUGCAUCCAAGCCUGCCUUUGCACAGUUCCGCAAGAAACUUUCAUUAUUCCUCAAUGACUUUCUACCUGCUUACAACAUACUGCUACCUGAUGGAAAAAAAUGGCUGACACUUUCAGCACGAGAGACACGACCCCUGAUUCACACCAAUGACAAGGACAGCAAUGACAAGAACAUUUUUGUUUGCAUCUUGUUUAUGUUCAAGCACAUGGUUGGCAGCAAGGUUUUAGAUCUUGCCUUAGUUCUACCUAUGGAUGUGCGAAUGGGUCCGCGACGUGCUAUUGACCAAGAUUUGCGACUGACUCAUCUUUGUGCGUGA